AUGUUGCCUUUUGAUUCCCCGCUCGCCUUGGAUUUCGGGGGUCAAGAUGCGGAGGCGGCAAAAUACCUUUUACAGUGGGUUGCAGGCAUUCUGCUACAGUCAAGCGACCACCAGCAACUACUUGGCCGUUUCACCGCAAUAGGCGCCAGUGCGAAACCAGUCAUACAAAACGAUUGCAUCACAUCAGACCGAUACGUCAGAACAUUGAAAGGUAAUUCUUUUUGA